AUGAAUGCACGGUCGCUCAGUACCACGCCGUCGGUAGGUAGCAAUGGCAAUGGCAAUGGCAGCGGCACUCUCAGUGGCGCCCCUCCGAUCGGCGAGGCUCAACUCUCCCAGAAGCGCCGUCGUGACUACGCCCAACUAGAAGACGAGGACGAAGACCCAGGGUCCCCGGCACGAGCUACUCUCCGGCUGCGCAGCUCGUUAGCACGCGAUUCAACUACCUUUGCCAGCUUGGUGCCUCCGCCCACCAGGUCUCCGCGACUCGAAUCGCUCGACGAUCGCCCAUUCGGCUCUCCCCUGCAGUCGCGACGGCACCGUGGAGACGAGAGCAUCAUCCUUGUUGGUUUUUAUGGUGUCGGGAAACGAACUUUGGGGCUUAUAGCGUCGGGGGCCCUUCAGAAAGAAUUUGUCGACUACGAAGAGGUGUUCAAGGCGCACACGGGUCAAUCGUCAACGGAAUACCUUGAGGCCCGUGGCUUUACUUCUUACCGCGCAGUCGAGGAUGAGCUUACAGCCGAAGUUUGCCGCACAAAGCGGCAGGGAUGCGUUCUUGUCGGGUUCUUCGUUAUGCCGAGUAAUCGCCAGCGCAAGUUGCUGGGGUCGCUGGCGGGCUCCAACCCGAUAAUACAUAUCCAGCGCGACUUGAACCAUCGUUCCGACAAGGCUCACCCCAAGGAUGGCCAUCUCGACCAGACAUAUCGCAUGAGUGACAAGCUGCAUAGGAGGUUUGCUAGCUACGAGUUUUUCAACAUCACGCAACUAGCUACAGAUGCCAAAGCACCUGGCCCGCUUAAGUUGAAAGGAACCGAAAGAGAGUUUAUUCGCUUUCUACACCGAGUUCUGCCUCACCCCGAAACUCCAUCCUAUGCCGCUGACCUCUGGUCGAGGCCCUACACCUAUGCCCUCCAGGUCCCUACAUCAUGGCUGAACGACCCGCGUGCUGACUUUACCGAGUUGGAUUGCGGCGCCGACGCAGUAUCGAUAACUGUUGAUGCUACCUCGGAUGAUCAAGAAAACUUGUACUUCCAGCUGUCACGACAAACAGCCCUAAUACGCAAACACUCUCACGUUCCAGUCAUCAUCGACCUGAAGGCACCGGUGACGAUAAGCUCUGCAGGCUACGUGAAUCUGUUAGAACUAGCUCUUCGCCAAGCACCAGACUUCAUUGUAAUAUCCUUGGACGUCGAUAAUUCGUUGGUGGAAAGAUUAGAACUAGCAAAAGGUCGCACCGGAAUCGUAGGCAAGUGCCAUAGGUCACUUCCCGUAUCAGAUAACUGGAAUUCCAAGGAGUGGCAUGAUAUCUACGAAAAGGCAGAGGCGCUGAAAUGCAGUGCCGUGCGACUAACGGGAGAAGCACAUUAUUCUCAUGACAGUCUCGAAAGUAUCCGAGUCAUGCUUGAGGCACGGAGAUUGGGUGCUAUACCUACUAUUUGCUACAAUUUUGGACAAUAUGGUCUAUCAUCUGUGUGCCUCAAUUCCAUCCUCUCUCCGGUAGUCUUGCCAUCCAAGUCUGCGGAUGGAGUUACACUCGUGGAAGCACAACGUGCUUUGUACUCCUCCUUCAUUCUGCCUCGAAAGCACUUUACUGUGUUUGGGCGGACAGUCUCGUAUAGCUUGUCUCCUGCCAUGCACAACGCUGGCUAUGCGGCGUGCGGGAUGCCACAUACGUGCGAUUUUGUGCAAAGUGACAAUGUGACACAAAUCCAUGACCUGCUCAAACGCGAGGAUCAAGGCGGGUUUGCGGUCUCUCUCCCAUACAAGACUGAGAUUGUACCAAUGAUGGACGAAAUGAGUGAGGAUGCCCGAAUCAUCGGCGCCGUCAACACCGUUGUCGUUGAUCGGGUGACGACGCCCAAUAGUCCACCACGAAUAUACCUCAAGGGCUUCAAUACUGAUCAUAUUGGAUUUAGAUCAUGCAUUGAACGUAACCUUUCGCCCGCCAAUGCUAUCCGCCCCCAAAGCAGUGCGCUCAUAAUUGGUGCCGGCGGAAUGGCUCGCGCGGCCAUUUAUGCCUGUGUGCAAGCUGGCGUCAAGAACAUUUGCAUUUUCAACCGGACCACAGCAAAUGCCCAAAGACUUGCAGAUUACUUUACCGCCGCCUGCCCAGACACAUCUCUUUAUGUUCUCGAUACUCUGGCAACCAUAUGGCCUACACAUGUUGCCCAACCAACGAUCAUCAUAUCAUGCAUCCCGACCCAUGAGUUUGCCGGAAAUGACGCUCCUGAUAUUCUGAUCCCCGAACAUUGGCUAAAUAGCCCGACAGGUGGUGUUUUUGUCGAGUUUGCAUACAAACCACUAAUUACCAAACUCGUUGGCUAUAUGCGACAACGCAGCUCUCAAGGGUGGAUCGUCGUCGACGGAUUAGAUGUUCUCGUUGAAGAAGGCAUUGCGCAGUUCGAAGUUUUGACUAAACGGCCUGCUCCAUCCCAUAUCAUACGACGAGCAGUGCGGGAACAAUAUGCAAUUACUGUAGAUGCAUCAUCUCGGAGAAGCGAUUUAACGGCUUGA